GGCGUUAGAACAGAAGUGUAUAAAAGCACAGGAUUUUAAGUUAAUCAGUCCAGUCAGGUGUGACCGCAGCGUUAGCUUAUAGCGAUAUGGACGUCAAAGGAAAAACUGCACUCAUCACUGGUGGAGCCAGUGGAAUAGGCUUCGCCUACGCGGUGGAAUUAUUACGCAAUGGAGUUGCGCACGUGGCGAUUUUGGAUUUGGCAAAUUCUAACGGCAACGAAGCGGUGAAAAAAUUGGAGAAGGAAUUUGGAAAGGGGAAGGCGAUAUUCCUAGUCUGUGACGUUACAAAUGCCCAACAGCUUGAAGACGGAUUCGCCAAGACUGUCAAGGAAUUCGGUGGACUCGACAUCGUGAUCAACAACGCUGGAAUAAUGGACGAUUUGCGGUGGGAACUUGAGAUAAGCAUCAACUACACUGCCCUGGUUCGUGGAACGUUGCUGGGCAUGAAGCACAUGGGAAUAGACAACGGAGGAAAGGGAGGAACCAUAGUGAACGUCUCUUCGAUCGUUGGUGUAGCGCCAUUGAUAGUCUUUCCGGUUUACUGCGGUACAAAACAUGCCGUCAUCGGUCUAACUCGAUCGUUCGGGCAACCUUAUUACUACGAGAAAACCAAGGUCAGAGUUGUCGCAAUCUGUCCGAGCAUUACGAACACGCAAUUGAUGACCGAAGCCGAAGGAAGAACCGUCAAAGGCACACCCUACACUGCGCUUCCUGAAAAACAGAGAGCGGAGCCUUUGCAAUCUGUCGAGAACGUGGCCAGAGGCCUCCUGCAUAUUUUACGUGUCGCCGAAAACGGAACUUCGUGGCUCGUGGAAAAGGAACAAAAGCCCGCGGAGCUUGUAAUUCCUGACAUACCAGUGACGAAGGCCUAAAACGAACGGAGAAGAAAGAUUGGACUGCUUUCGGGAACCCGAUCCGAUUGGAAAAACUGACGGAGCGCGUUGACUGUAAAAAUUUACGAAUGAAUCUACGUGUGUAAACAGUUGUACCGAAAGAAACAAGAGAAUGUUGUAAAAUUACCGUGUAAAUAAAACUGUGCCGUAUUAUUGGCGAAACCAAAA